AUGAUGAGUGUUCCUCAGCCUGACCCGGAUGAGAUGCCCCCCUCCACCAUCACCCCUGUCACCACCCCCACCCUGAGCCUGACCCCCAUCACAGACGAGCUGGAGUGUAAGAUCUGUUACCAGCGCUACAAUGUCCACAACCGCAGGCCCAAGAUCCUGGACUGCCUCCACCGGGUGUGUGCCCGCUGCCUCAACAAGAUCCUGGACAUGGGGGACGUAUUGGGCUGCAUUUCCUGCCCCUUCUGCCGACACGAAACAGAGGUCAGCGAAUACGAGGUGUCGGGCCUCCCCGACGACUCCAACGUCAUAUCCUGCCUGGCCGUCAGGGAUAAGUCCUGGAGCUCCGACCACAGCAAAGAGGUGACCCUCACCCCCAAGAGCCUGUCCUCCACCUCCCCCUCGCACCACUCCUCCAACUGCCUGGUGAUCACUAUCAUGGAGGUCCAGAGGGACACGGGGUCCGGGGUCCGUGGCCUGGGCAGCUCAGACCACUACACAGAGCACAGCCUGGACUCCAUCUCUGUGGGCUCCAACGGGCCGGAGGUUCAGGAAGCCCUGUCCAAGUUGUGUUCCCACGUCCCCCGGAUCCUGGUGUGGCUCCUGGGGCUGUUCUACUUCGGGUCCCUGCCCCUGGGCAUCUACCUGCUGGUGAUCCAGAGGGUGACGCUGGGCAUAGUAUGUGUGAGCCUGGUACCGUCCAGUCUGACUGUGUGUCUGGUCUAUGGGUUCUGCCAGUGUCUCUGCCAGGGCAUGUGUGACUGCUCGUCUCGGGGCUGA